UCUGUCGGAGUCGGACUCAUCUCGAUGACGUAUCAACAUGGUUCUCCCGUUGUAACUUUGACAGCUGAACAACAAAUGGUCCUAAAAUGAGCUCAUUAACGACAAAAACACCUCAAACCUUUUAAGCAGGAUUAGUUUUUCCUCUUCAGCAUGAAUUGAAACUGUCCUGGACCCUGCUACACCUGUACGGACAGUUUCUGUUGGCUGUUUACAGACCUCAUCAUGUCGUUCCUGGUGGACUCAGUCAUCAUGUUCACCUCUCAGGUGCUGUUCUUUGGAUUUGGCUGGUUAUUCUUUAUGCGGCAGCUGUUUAAAGAUUAUGAGGUGCGACAGUACGUUGUCCAGAUGGUUUUCUCUAUCACUUUUGCCUUUUCAUGUACCAUGUUUGAGCUCAUCAUCUUUGAGAUCCUGGGUGCCUUAAGUACCAGCUCUAGGUAUUUUCACUGGAAGCUGAAUCUGUAUGUGAUACUGCUGGUCCUGAUCUUUGUGGUGCCUUUCUACAUCGGCUACUUUGUUGUCAGCAACAUACGCCUGUUGCAGAGACAGAAGCUCCUGUUCGCUUGUAUGGUGUGGUUUACCUUCAUGUAUUUCUUCUGGAAGCUGGGAGACCCGUUCCCCAUCCUGAGUCCAAAACACGGCAUCCUGUCCAUUGAGCAGCUAAUCAGUCGUGUUGGUGUGAUUGGAGUCACCCUCAUGGCUCUGUUGUCUGGGUUUGGUGCGGUCAACUGUCCCUACACGUACAUGUCCUAUUUCCUCAGAAAUGUAACAGACAGUGACAUCCUUGCUCUGGAGAGGCGGCUGCUCCAGACUAUGGACAUGAUUGUCAGCAAGAAGAAACGAAUUGCCAUGACACGGAGGCAGAUGUACCAGCGUGGGGAAGACCAGAACAAACAGACAGGAUUCUGGGGCAUGAUCAAGAGUGUUACCUCCACACAAACAGGCAGCGAAAACUUAUCUCUGAUCCAGCAGGAGGUCGAUGCUCUAGAGGAGCUGAGUCGGCAACUCUUUCUUGAGACUGUGGACCUGCAAGCCACCAAGGAGCGGAUUGAGUACUCCAGGACAUUCCAGGGGAAAUAUUUCAACUUCCUCGGCUACUUCUUUUCCAUCUAUUGUGUUUGGAAAAUCUUCAUGGCCACAAUAAACAUCGUGUUUGAUCGGGUUGGAAAGACGGAUCCAGUGACGAGGGGUAUUGAAAUUACAGUGAACUACUUGGGCAUCCAGUUUGAUGUAAAGUUUUGGUCCCAACACAUCUCUUUCAUCCUGGUGGGAAUAAUAAUCGUUACAUCCAUUCGUGGCUUACUCAUCACCCUCACUAAGUUCUUCUAUGCAAUAUCAAGCAGCAAGUCCUCUAAUGUCAUCGUGCUCGUCCUCGCUCAGAUCAUGGGGAUGUAUUUUGUAUCGUCCGUAUUGCUGAUGCGUAUGAGCAUGCCGCUGGAGUACCGCUCCAUUGUGACAGAGGUCCUGGGAGAGCUGCAGUUCAACUUCUACCACCGCUGGUUUGACGUCAUCUUCCUGGUCAGCGCCUUGUCCAGCAUCCUCUUCCUUUAUCUCGCCCACAAGCAGUCGCCAGAGAAACACAUGACCCUCUGAUCCCCUACAUCUCUUCCCACCUGGAGGUGACUCCUCCUGACCCCUGGGUGACUUUGAAUCUGGAAUUUAGGGAUAUCCAGAAAUCAGGUGUUUUGUUUUUUUAUAUGUGGGACUUAAUUAUCUGGACUGCCUGUUCCUGAAUCAGGAAUGGCUGAUUGUUGGAUGCAAGCGAUGGGGAACUAUUGGAGCACAUUAGGAAACUACUUUGAAUGUGGACUUUCUGAAUAAAGAUAUUUAGAGUACAAACAUUA